AACGACUUAAUAUAAUCGAAUCGAAGUAACCUAAAAUCAAUUUUAUUUAACUUUAUUUAUGUUAAACGGAAGUUGUAGAAACAUGUAUCUUUAAGGGGUUAUUAUGUUUUAAUUUAAAAAUAUGUUAUUUGCUAUUAUUCGUGAAAUUAAGUGGAAUAUAAUUUAUGACGUACUUAUUUUGGAAACUAAAAACUAACCUGUAAUAUGCUACUCAUGUUUUCAAUGGUAUUUAAAAUAAGAUAAUGGAAACAAGUUCAGUUGACGAAUUAAGUAAAUCAAGCAGAGACAAUAGCAUCAAAGACUUGGGUACUUCACAGACUAGCUUAAAGAGUACAAAAAGCUUGGAUAAAUCCAGCACAAGCGGAAGCUUUAAACAGGAGAAAAAUUCAAUACAGUUCAAAACUGAACUAACUCAAGAGUUUGACAAUCAGAAAGUGCAUAGCGAUGUUUCUUUAAAAGUGCCUCAUAAAAUAAUAGCAAAUUGGAGAUCAGCAUGUGACAGAACGAAAGAUAAAACAAAGGAUUUAUUGAAACGUUGGCGUACACUACCUGAAAUUGAGGCCGAGAACAUUGUCAAAAAAACAGACAGCCUGGAUAAAUCUGAAAGCCAUCAUGAUAGUAGUGGUUGGAGUGUACAUAUUUGGACAACCUGGGUAGAUAGAUUCAGUGUAGAUUCUGAAGAUGUAGAUGAGAAAAAUAGUUACCAGUUGACUCCAACACAAAAUAACAAAUUUUCUCAUUUUUUUACUGCUUUGCUAGACCAUGAUCAAGAUAAUUUAAUCAGUGAACAAGAUUUUGAGACAUUAAUUGAGAGACUGCGACAUUUUGCUGACUGGUCUAUUAAUUCUCCUGAAUUUAAUAUACUUAGAGAAAUAGAAAGAGGUUUCAUACAAACCUUUUUAGCAGGCAUAUCAAAUGAAAGAUUAGGGUUUACAGUGAAUGACAUAACUUACAUAACAAAAGAAGGGUGGCUUCAUAAAUGGUCUGAACUUAUAGAAGGCUCAAAAAAUUUGGGAGACUUUCCUGUUUGGCUACAGUUUUUUGUCAAAGUAUUGUUUCAAGUUAUAAACAGAAGUGGUACUGGUAUAAUCACAAGAGAUGAAUUGAGUGCAUUUUAUUCAUCAGUCUUGGGUUUGGACGCAGUAAAAGUGGGCGAAAUAUUGGACCAUGCAUAUCAAGCCAUGACUUCAAAUGGUGACCAUUCACUCCACUUCAGAUCAUACCGUUUAUGUUUUGCUAACUAUUUACUGGGUAGAUAUCCUAAUGGACCAGGGCAAUAUAUCUUGGGUGCCCCCCCAAAUAGUUUGUCAUCAAUAAUGUUCCCCGUGGAUUACUCUGCUCUCAAUGCACAACCUGAGGAUUUGGAGCAAUAUGCACCAGAUCAGAAAUCUAAUAGGCAUAGUGUUAUUGUGUGAUAUAUUUUACGAACUGUUUUUUUGCAAAAGAAAGUUAGCAAUACCGUUUUUUAAAAAGCGGAUCUAUCAGAUUUAUUUGAUCUGUACAAAAAUGUUUUCAUCUUUCUCAGUAUGUUCAUUUGUUAAAACAAUUUAAUAAUCUUAAAUAUCAGGUCAAUUAUCAGGUUCUCCAUCGACAGUAAGAAACACUAAAAUAGAAACAAAAUUAUCACAAAUUUUAUAUAUUUUUCAAAAUUUCUGACAACACUAGAAAAUAAGUAAAGCUAACUUUCUUAUGCUUUGUAAUUGUGUAGAGAAUAGCACGCCAAAGUGCACAAUAUUAUAAUAUAAACAUUUGUUUACACAAGUGCACCUUUCUAAGAGAAUGAAAUUCUAAAUACUAUGUGAUAUUAUUGACAUUGUUAAUAAAUAUAUAAUUUUAUUUUAUUUUAUAUUUAACUUAUUUAUCGUAAAUGUUUGUCACUACAUAUCAUAUCCACAUCUUAUUUUUGAAACACAGGAUGUUUGAAAGGCUAGGUGUUCAAGAUAAAUACGACGUACUUUAUUUUUAGUUGGCCAGUUAGAAAAAAGAUCUUUUAAUUAAUUAACCAUUUUUAUCAGUGUUUUUAGACAUCUUGUGUAAAGUUUGUAUUAAAAUAAAAUCAUAAUCUUGCAAUAAUUUUUUGCUAUACUCUAAAUGUAUAUUUGAAUUGGAUAAGUUUAAGAAAAUCUUUUAAAAUUUUAUAGAAAAAUGAUACCAGAAUACUGAAAAGUAAUUGCGAAACAUUAAUAUUAAGAGGAAUUAUUCGUCAUUGCCUUAGAAUAAAUGUUUAUAUGGAAUAUUAAAUCGUUAACAUUUUUUUUUAAUUCCGUCAAGAUAAAUUUUUAAGAUGUAUUUUUUUUUAAGGAAUUUAAUUGAAAUUCAUGCUGUUAAUAUCAACCUGUACAUGUAAUUAUACAGCCUGUACAUUGGAGAUAAAAAUAAUUGCAGUUUUUGACACAACUUUUGUUAUGUAUUUGCAUGCAAUAGUGUAACAACCGUUAACUGUAGGAUUAGAAAAAUUAAUUACAAGCAUCCUUAGGCUAAUAGCUUUUUUAUUAAAUAAUUAUUAGAACAAAGGGCACAAAACCAAUUUAUACAUGUAAGAAAAAACAAAUUGUAUCGCACAUUAAAGCAUUACCUGAA